AAUAUAUGUUGACCGGUUUGUUGUAAAUUCUCGUUGGGUUUCCAUUUACUACCGGAUGCAGCAGUAAAUAAACCCCAAAUCCAGAUUUUCAGACAAACCCUAGAGAGUCUGAAUCGUAAAAACAGGAAAAGGAAUCGGAGAUGACGACCACCGACGGCACCAUCGCCAACUCCGCUACCAAAAACCCUAAAAAGGCCAAUCUCUUGGAUCAUCACUCCAUCAAGUACUUACUCGAUGAAUCUGUAUCCGAGAUCGUGGCAAGCCGCGGUUACAGUGAAGAUGUUAGACUGAGUAAUGUUCGAUUGUUGAUUGGUGCGAUCCUGAUCAUCUACACCAAGGAAAAGAACGCAAUUUUGUUUACAUAUCCUCCAGCAGGGUCUGCUUACAAGAGCACUGGGUUGAUGAUAUCUUCAAAGUUGCCCAGAUUCUCUGAUAUGUAUACACUUACCAUAGCCAGUGCAGAUCCCAAAUCUAUUUCUGCAAACCCAACAGUGGAGUUCACCAAAAGUGUUACAAAAUGGUUUACAAAGGAUGGAGUGUUGGUGGAGGGUCUUUUCUGGAAAGAUGUUGAGGGGCUGGUGAACCAGUAUGCCAAAGAACACAAGAAAAAUGAAAGCUUGAACCUUAUGAUAUUGAAAAAAUGUUGGACAAACGCAUUUGAGCUUUAA